CCGAGCUCGACGUGCCUCAGGCGAGGACGGAGCACAGGCUCGGUGUGCGUCCGACCGUCAGAAAGUCCUGAAGGGCAGGCGGAGUCUGGACCGCGGUCCUGGCGGGUAAUUGGGGGCACAAAAACCUUCUUUGAAGAACUUUGUAUCGUAUCGAAGGAUGGCAGAAGUAGUGUUGAUUGAUCUCUUUGGUUUGCAAUUGAACUCUCAAAAAAGCUGUCAUCAGACAUUACUAAAGACAUUGAAUGCUGUCCAAUACCACCAUGGUGCCAAGGCCAAGUUCCUCUGCAUAAUGUGUUGCAGUAACAUCAGCUGUGACCAUCAUAAUUGUGAAUUAGAAACAAGCAAUGGAUUAUCAACUAUCUUGAGAGAAUUUGAGACUGUUAGCAAUCCCAGCCUGGCCGCCUCUUUGUAUACCAUUAAACAAAAAAUUGAUGAAAAAAAUUUGAGCAGCAUUAAGGUAAUUGUGCCUGUGCAUCGAAAGAUGUUAAUGAAGGCUUUUAUUGAUCAACUCUUCACUGAUGUUUAUAAUUUUGAGUUUGAAGAUUUACAGAUGACUUUGAGAGGAGGUCCUCUGAAACAGUCUUCUGACAUAAUCACAGCUCAAGAACUAGAAGCAAUCCAGAAUGAAAUAGAAACAUAUUUGAGAAGUUUGCCUGCACUGAAAGGAGAAUUAACCAUCAUCACAUCUCCUUUGAUCUCAGAUAUUUUCAUACAUGGAUUUACUACCAGAACAGGUGGGAUAUCUUACAUACCGACUCUGAGCUCUUUCAAUCUCUUCAGUAGUUCCAAACGGCGAGAUCCCAAGGUGGUUGUUCAAGAAAAUCUGCGUAGGUUGGGGAAUGCUGCAGGAUUUAACUGGAAGAAAUUUUACCGAAUAAAGACUGAUCAUGCUAAUGAUGUCUGGAUUAUGGGAAGGAAAGAGCCUGAAUCUUAUGAUGGAAUCACCACAAAUCAAAGAGGAGUCACAAUAGCGGCCCUUGGUGCCGACUGUAUACCCAUAGUCUUUGCAGAUCCUGUCAAGAAAGCAUGUGGGGUUGCUCACUCUGGUUGGAGAGGUACUUUGUUAGGUGUUGCUAUGGCUACAGUGAAUGCUAUGAUAGCAGAAUAUGGCUGUAGUUUGGAAGACAUUAUUGUUGUCCUGGGGCCUUCAGUAGGACCUUGCUGUUUUACUCUUCCAAGAGAAUCAGCUAAGGCAUUUCAUAAUCUUCACCCCGGAUGUGUACGUCUAUUUGACUCACCAAAUCCUUAUGUUGACAUCCGUAAAGCCACCAGGAUUCUUCUGGAACAGGGAGGAAUUCUACCACAGAAUAUUCAGGAUCAGAACCAAGAGCUCAACCUCUGUACAUCCUGUCAUCCUGACAAGUUUUUCUCUCAUGUCCGAGAUGGCCUUAACUUUGGUACACAGAUUGGCUUCAUAUCAAUUAGAGAAUGAGAUACUUGACUGGAUUUUUGCAUAACUAUUUUCUGCUUCCUUCUAAACCAACCAUAAGAGAGAAAUUUAGCUAUUUAAUAUACUUAAAACCAAAAAGAUUACAAUGAAUAAUUCAUCUUUAGGAUAUAUUUUCAUUAUUAUCCAAAGCUAAAUGAUUUUCAUUCUAACAAUAACUGAUACAAAAUCAGUAUAGUGAAGCUUAUAUGUUAUAAGGAUUAUUUUUAAAGUUUGUUCUCUGUAUUUAUUACAUGAAUCAGGAAUAGGUCUGUUCAAUUCAGUAUUUAUUGGGUAAGCUCUAUUUGUCAGGCUUUGUGUGAAUCAUAGGUGAAAUUAAGAUGAGUAAGACUUUUUCCUCUUGAGUCUAAUGCAGUGGAGGAGACAAACACUUCUAAUACGUUACUUUUAAUAGAAGGUACAGGAGAAAGGAGGAUUGAGUCUAUCUGGAAAACAGAAUAGAGACAGUAUUAUAGAGAAAAUGACAUAUCACAUGGGCCUGAAAGAUGUAUAGGCUUUUAACAAGCAAAGAACAACCAUAACAGGUAGAGAGACUACCAUAAACUAGAGCAUGAAACUGAAAGUGUAUAACAUGGUCUAGAAAGAGAAGGGUGUGGUCAGGAGUUAUUGGCAAAACAGGUCGGGAAACAGAUUAGUUAGGGCCUCAAGUGCCAUGUCAAAGAGUUUGGAGUUAAUUUUCCAGGCAAAGAGUAGGCAUAGAAAGUAGGGGAGUGUUUUUAUGUCCUUGGCAUUAUAUUUAAUAGGUUGGAUUUAACUUGUGAGAGAUUAAAGCAGAAAGAUUAGUUAAGAGGUAGUGAAAAUAUAUUUUAAAGGAAAUAAUGAAGGCAUUCUCUGGUGGUCUAGUGGUUAGGACUUGGUGCUUCAACCACUGCAGCCUGGGUUCAGUCCCUGGUCUGGGAGCUGAGAUCGCACAUCAAGCCACUGCAUGCUGUGGCCAAAACAAUAAUAAUAAUAAAUUUAAAAAAAUAAUGAAACCUGAAUGCAGUAGAAAUAAAAAAUGGAGACCGGAGUAGGUGGAUUAGCAAGACAUUUCAGAAACGGAAUCUGCAUAUCCUGUUCCUAGAUCAUGGAGAUAAGAGGUGAGGACCAGUGCAGUCACUGAUGACUCCACAGUCCCUGCUUGGUUGACUACCUGGAGGGGCGGCAAAGAUGGGGAGGAGGUUGGGGACAAGAAGGGAGGGUAAUGAGUUUGACACACAGACUUAAGUAUAUCCAGAUGGAAGUAUAUGGUUGACAAGACAAUUAGAAAUAGAGACCUGGGACUUAGGAGGGAGCCGAAAAAGACAGACUUGGGAGCUGGCUAUGCGGAGACGAUGCCUGAGUGCACCAGCGUAGACUGGAUCAUCUCAGCAGGAACACCAGUGAGAAAAAAGGAGGUCCAAGGAUGAGCCCUCAUACAACACUUGCAUUUGAAGAACCAGAGGCUGAACCAGUGAAAAAGAUCAAUCCUAGAAGAGACAAAUAGAGGAUAGUGGUUUUGGAGAAAGAGGGCAGCAUGGAGAUGAGAGGGUACUCCAAAGAAAUCUCUGGAGAGAACAUAAAAUGAGAAGAAACCGAUGGACUAAUUGUAUUGAAGCUUUUCUACAGGCAGUGGUGGUGGGGUCAGAUUGCAGUGCUUUGAGGAAAAGGAUGCAUGGUGGUGACCCUUCUUUGCUGGUACUUAUUAGAGAAAAGAAAUCACCAAGGGUUGUAUCUCUAUCUGUCUGUCUGUCUGUCUAUAUGAGGAUGAGUAGUUUUAAAUAUAUUUGUCGGCUGAAGAGAGGAGUUAAGCUGUUUUCACUUGGGAAAAAUGGUAUAUAUGGUCCAUAUUUUUAACCUGAAUUGUCACAUUGUACCGUAACAUGUCUUAUUUCAUACAUACAUUUCUUACCUGAACAUGCAGGAAAUUACAUUUGUUUGGUACUUAUUAAGGACUUUCACAUCCAUUACCUCAUUUUGCCUUUACAGGUACUUUGAAGUAUCUCGGUCAGGUGCUAUUCUUUGUAUUCAGAUAAGAAAACUGAGCCUCAUUGAGAUAGAGGCUGAAAUCACACAAUCUGUAAUAAAGAUUUGACCCCACA